UAGUUAACUUGCAGGGGAAAGUUUCCCUCCGCGGCCGGCCGCGGAUCCUGUGCGGGCGGGCGCGCAGAGGAAGGAAGAGCCGGGAGGAGGCGGAGCCGCGAGCGGCUCGGGCGGGCAGUUCUCUCAACUUUAGUUUUGGCGUCUGAGGCGAGUUUCUGUCUCAGUCGGGCGCAGCCGCCGCCGGGGAAAAGAAAGGGAGGAAGGAAGGAACAAGAAAAGGAAAUAAGAGAGAAAGGGGGAGGGGAAAGGCAACUAGCUGUCCGGCAUCCGUCAAGGGCGUGAAGGAAAAAAGUUCUCGGGCGCGCAGGUCCGGGUCUCUCGCAGCCCCUCCCGAAGCGCAGCCGCCAGACCAGUGGAGCCGGGGCGCAGGGCGGGGGCGGAGGCGCCGGGGCGGGGGAUGCGGGGCCGCGGCGCAGCCCCCCGGCGCUGAGAGCAAGGCGAGCGCCGCUCCCGCCGCCCAGCGCCGCCGGCCCGCCGCCCUCGCCGGUUCUCCCAUCUCGGCCCGUCGAGCCGGGGCGCCCGGGCGGAGCCCUCGCCCGCCUGAUCGGGGUGCGCGUCGGGGGAGGGAGAUACCAUGGAUCCCGGGCAGCAGCAGCCGCCGCCUCAGCCAGCCCCCCAGGGCCAAGGGCAGCCGCCCGCGCAGCCCCCCCAGGGGCAGGGCCCGCCGUCCGGGCCCGGGCAGCCGGCACCCCCGGGGUCCCAGGCGGCACCGCAGGCCCCCCCCGCCGGGCACCAGAUCGUGCACGUCCGGGGGGACUCGGAGACCGACCUGGAGGCGCUUUUCAACGCCGUCAUGAACCCCAAGACGGCCAACGUGCCCCAGACUGUGCCCAUGAGGCUCCGGAAGCUGCCUGACUCCUUCUUCAAGCCUCCAGAGCCCAAGUCCCACUCCCGACAGGCCAGUACUGAUGCAGGCACUGCAGGGGCCCUGACUCCACAGCAUGUUCGAGCUCAUUCCUCUCCAGCUUCCCUGCAGCUGGGAGCCGUAUCUCCUGGGACACUGACACCCACGGGAGUAGUCUCUGGCCCAGCAGCUACACCCACUGCUCAACACCUUAGACAGUCUUCUUUUGAGAUACCUGAUGACGUACCUCUGCCAGCGGGCUGGGAGAUGGCAAAGACAUCUUCUGGUCAGAGAUACUUCUUAAAUCACAUAGAUCAAACAACAACGUGGCAGGACCCCAGGAAGGCCAUGCUCUCCCAGAUGAACGUUACAUCCCCUACCACUCCACCAGUGCAGCAGAACAUGAUGAAUUCGGCCUCAGGUCCUCUUCCUGAUGGAUGGGAACAAGCCAUGACUCAGGAUGGAGAAAUAUACUAUAUAAACCAUAAGAACAAGACCACCUCUUGGCUAGACCCCAGGCUUGACCCUCGUUUUGGUAAAGCCAUGAACCAGAGAAUCAGUCAGAGUGCUCCAGUGAAACAGCCACCACCGCUGGCCCCCCAGAGCCCUCAGGGAGGAGUCAUGGGUGGUGGCAAUUCCAACCAGCAGCAACAGAUGCGGCUGCAGCAGUUGCAGAUGGAGAAAGAGAGGCUGCGACUGAAGCAGCAAGAACUGCUUCGGCAGGUGAGGCCACAGGCAAUGCGGAAUAUCAAUCCCAGCACAGCAAAUUCUCCAAAAUGUCAGGAAUUAGCUCUCCGUAGCCAGUUACCAACACUGGAGCAGGAUGGUGGGACUCAAAAUCCAGUAUCUUCUCCUGGGAUGUCUCAGGAAUUGAGAACAAUGACGACCAAUAGCUCAGAUCCCUUUCUUAACAGUGGCACCUAUCACUCUCGAGAUGAGAGCACAGACAGCGGACUAAGCAUGAGCAGCUACAGUGUCCCUCGGACCCCAGACGACUUCUUGAACAGUGUUGAUGAAAUGGAUACAGGUGACACUAUCAACCAAAGCACCCUACCCUCACAGCAGAACCGUUUCCCAGACUAUCUUGAAGCCAUUCCUGGGACAAAUGUGGACCUUGGAACACUGGAAGGAGAUGGAAUGAACAUAGAAGGAGAGGAGUUGAUGCCAAGCCUACAAGAAGCUUUGAGUUCUGACAUCCUUAAUGACAUGGAGUCUGUUUUGGCCGCCACCAAGCUAGAUAAAGAAAGCUUUCUUACAUGGUUAUAGAGCCCUCAGGUAGACUGAAUUCUAAAUCUGUGAAGGAUCUAAGGAGAUAUACCUGAAAUUUCCAUAUAAGCCGGUUGUGAUCUUCUGGCUAAUACAGAAAAAGAUGAACAAACGUCCAGCAAGAUUCUUUCAUCCACUAUUUUGCUCUUCCUUGUCCAUUGCUGCUGUUAAUAUAUUGCUGACCUCUUCCA